AUGGCGGUAGACACGAGUUACCUGACCACUCAGGUCAACAACAUCGUGUCCCAGCUUCAUGGCAUUUUUGAUGAGAUCGGAGUCCCUGGCCGUGAGCGGGAGUCUCGUGAGGCAGAGCUGUUUUCGGCCCUGUCAGACACUCUUCAUAACCAUCUCAAGCUUGUUGACGAUGAGAAGGAGAAGUUGACACAAGAAGCUCAGCGGCUCAUCACCACCAUUCAGCAGAUGGAGGCCUCUCUGGGUGACGAGAGGGCCAAUGGCCGUUACGAACUCAACCGUGACGAUUUGCGCGUCACGUAUCCGCUCCAUCGCUGCAUCGCUUUCCUCCGCGAGAAGAGCGAGGCCAUGAGCAAGUUGCACCGGGAGCGCUUUGAACAAGUCAAGAAACUGGUUGAUGCCCUCGAAUCCUAUUCCUCGCACCUCGAGGCCUCCUUUGUUUCUAUUGAGUUGCCGCCCACCGCACCCGGCUCCUCUAUUCCCCCCAGCUUUGAUCUUUCUCCUUCGUAUGUCACAGCCCUGGACUCCGAAUUUACCAGAGUGUACGAAGAGUACCACCGCCGCGUGUCUCAUGUCCAAACCACCUCCGAGGAGAUGAUCAAGCUCUGGGCAGAACUGGGCACCCCUCAAGUCCAGACGGACUCCAACAUUGUCAAGUUUUACCGUGAAUCUCCUGAGCAGCUGGGCCUGCACGAGAACGACAUUGCCAACCUGAUGGGCAAGCGCGACAAGCUGAUUGAGGAGAAGAAGGGUCGCGAGCGCAAGAUCAAAGAACUCAGAACCUCAGUGGAAAGCCUCUGGGAGCGGUUUGGAGUGGAAGAAGCGGACCGCAAGGCGUUUCUUUCUGCCAACCGCGGCUGUGGACUCCGUACCAUCAACGAGUUUGAGGAGGAGCUUGCCCGGUUGAACGAGCUGAAGAGACAGAAUAUGCAUCUCUUUGUGGAAGAUGCUCGCUGCCGUCUCCAGGAGCUUUGGGACAGCCUUUACUUCUCCGAGGAGGAGAUGCUGGAUUUCACUCCUGCUUUCUCCGAUGUGUGCAGCGAUGCCCUGCUCGAGGCGCACGAGGCCGAGAUCAACCGCCUUGAGGCCCUCAAGGAGCAGCGCGCUCCUACUCUGGAGCUAAUUGAUAAGCAUCGGAGUCUCCUGGCGGAUCGUGACUCGUUGGCCUCCUCGAGCCAGGAUGCAUCUCGUCUCAUGGGCCGCGGAAACAAGGGCGAGAAGCGCGAUCCUGGAAAGCUCCUCAGGGAGGAGAAGAUGCGCAAGAGGAUUGCAAAGGAACUUCCCAAACUCGAAGCAGAGCUGCGGAAAGAGCUGGAGCAUUGGGAAGAUGAAUAUGGCCGGCCAUUCUUGGUUCACGGAGACCGGUACCUCGACACCUUGGCUGCCGCUGCCGCUGCCGCCAGGCCGCAAGGGCGCUCUAAGACGCCCUCGGCGCCAUCGUCGACUACGAAAUUAGCUGGCGCAAAGUCUAUCUCACGCCCUGGCACUGCCGGCUCCAUGCGAGGACCUCCCCCGCCGCGCUCGGCGACCAAGACCCCGACUAGCAGUGGACCUGUGAAGCAUAACACUAUCGGUUAUUCCGGCGCUCGAUCUGCAGGAGCAAAGUCUCCCUCCAAGCUUCCUGCCCGUGCCCCGCUGAGCAAUAUGCCCCAUGGAAACAACUCCCCUGAGCGUCGCACUGGGCCAGGCUCCUACUCGUCUAGCACGGUCAAUGGAAAGAUGGGACCUCCUCGUAUGCCGCCACCAAGGAUGCGAGCUCUGACCGUUGAAUCAAACAAUGAGCGCGGCAACUAUAACAACGCGGAGCCGCCUCGCUGCAAUAGUUCCAUGUCCAGUGCCUUUGUGAGGCCUGUCAGCCCUGAGGACGUUUAUGAUGACCGCCAGCGUUCCUUCAUGAGCUCUUCUGCUCUAUCUCAUUCCCGUUCAACUGGACUCUCUCAAUCCUCCCAUUCUUCGCAAUCCUCGCUUUCCCUAAACUCCUCCAUGCAAGGCUACCCGCGGCCGAACCCUUACCUGCAGCACGCACCUCCUCCGCUGGCCUCACGCAUGCCAUCCAGUUCUUCAUCCGCCAAUACUGCAUCGUCCGAGAACUGGGAGACAUUCGAUGAUGCGUCUGACGCGGAAAUGGACGCAAAUGACGUCUACUAUGCCAAGCUCCGAGCCGCCAACGGCAAGCGGUUUGCUCCCGAUGAUGGCCUGGAUCUGGGAGGCAAAAAAGCCAAAGGCAUCCGAAGUGUGAGUCCCGAUGGUCCGCAUGCUGGGCAGGUCCUGCGUGUGGCGGGCAGCGACAACGAGUGGAUCGAAGAGUUCGAAUCUUACUAG